UUGUUUUUGAUUUGAGUUCACGAUCUGAUCUGUCUGAUUGUUGUCUAAAUCCAAUAUUUUUGUGAUCUGAUUUGUUGGAACUACUUACUGCCUUAGUCUUUCUCUUGAAUCAGGUACCAUGGCAGGAGAUCAAAAAGGAGAAUUCACCAAGGAAGAAAAGCUAUUGAUUAAAGCCAUGACCAAUCAUCUAAAUCAAACCAUGGGCAAGAUGAUGAAGGCUAAGAUGGAAGAGCUUCGACAGGAGGUUAGACAGGAACGCCCACGAGCUACUGAUCAGAAUCAUGAGUCUAGGCGCAGCGAGAGGAGACAAAGACGUAAGCAUGAAGGCAGAGGCAGUCACAAAGAUAAAUUUGCUGAUCAAAAGCUAAAAAUCCCUCCUUUCCAUGGCAACGCUGAUCCUGCUGCAUAUGUGGAAUGGGAAGAGAAGAUGGAGUUGAUUUUCGACUAUCAAAGCUAUGCUGAAGAAAAGAAGGUUCAAUUAACCACUGCUGAGUUUUGUGGUUAUGCUUCAAGCUGGUGGAAGCAACUGGUGUCGUCUAGGAGACACUAUGGAAAAGAACCUGUUGCAACCUGGCUUAAAUUAAGGGCUUUGAUGCGUCAUAAGUAUGUUCCAAGACAGUACCACAAGGAAGUGCUUCGAAAACAGUCUGAAACAAAGCCAUGCUCUGCAAACUCAGUCCAGGAACAACAAGGCAGGAUCAGAUCAAGAUCAACCGGUGUUAUUGGUUUACCUAGCAAGACAACGAGCUGGUUCUGUGAGGAGGACAUAAAGAAGCUGUCUCAAGUGAUUAUGGAUGUGGAGAAACAAUUCAGGGAGACCCACACUACACAUCCAUCCUUAGAAGAACAGAACCAGGAGUUAAUCACUUCAGUCUCAGAACUCAAUUCAGCAGAGCCGGUAUCAGCUACAACUAUUCAAGGAGAUCAAGCCAAAGAAUCAUCAGCUGCCAUUCAGAAAGAUGAGCAGCCUGUUCAGAACGUCAUGGUUCCUUUCAAACAAGCCAAAGUACCAGAAGAGACACCCAGGGAACCACAGACAGCUUGCAAAAAGAGACAACUGAUUGUCUUUGACCCGUGUGAUUUCCAAAAGACAUUCUUAGGUAUUUUUCUGUUCAAUCCCUUUGUCUGGAACAAGACCAGAGCAGUAGAGCUUUCAAGACACGAACUGGGCAUGGAACAUGUUUUAUUUGAGCCUGGAGGAGAGUUGUGGAAUCACAGGAACAAUCCCUUAGUGAUUGAGAAGAAAUCGGCAGCAACAACAAUUGUUUUUGGUGAUCUUUUACCCUCUGAAGCUAAAGGGAUGCACGUCUCAGCUCAGCAAGAGUUUCACUACGAAACCAAUUGGAGAAUGUUACCCACUCUUUCCUGGAUCCAACAAACCGGAAAACGCAGCAAAUGGCCACCUGAUCAUCAAGAUAUUGUCAAUUCCGCAAAACAUAUCGGUUUAGCCAAAUUCUGUGAGCUGCUUAUAUCAGAUUGGGCUGGAAGGUUACAGAUCUACUUGUGGAAACCUGGAGCAUAUGACAGCACACUUAUCAUCCUUGGAGAGUGCUCUGCUCGUGCUAGAACCAGCUUGGGUAAUAAGGAGUUGGAAGCUGAUCAAAAUGCCUUGCUUCUUGAUCAUGUCAAGGUGUGGAAGCCACCAGAUUUGCAGAAGCUUCAAUACCAUUUCAGAGAUUGUCAAAUCAAGAGUGGAGAUGGAGAUUUCAUUAGAGUAAAUGGUGAAGUGAUUACUGGAGUAGGAGGAAAACUCAUGUUUUCUUCUCAAAACAAGGAGAAACCACCAGAUGGACUCAGUCUACAUCAAUCUCCAAAUAAAUCAGCCCGAGGUCAAACAGUUUUGAGUGCUAGAAUUUUCGAAAAGAGAGGCUAUAGUAAUGAUCAGAGUAUCAAGAAUGGAUACUUGGCUAAGUUGGAAAUGCAACAAUCAAAUCUUGGAAGCUGUCUAGCCGCCAACUUUGACAUAGGAGCAGUCCGAGGAUCAUAUCUCAGCAACCAGAAGGAAUUAAGCAACAAACUCAACUGCAAUGGAAACUACACUCAUCAGGGUCUCACGUCGAACUGGAAUCAUGUCCAAAGCUUCUCAAAUGAAAGAGUUAUGGGUUCUACAAGACGGGUGAUUCUGUGUUUGCUUUGUCUGAACUUUUCUGAGUGUAGAACAUCUCAAUCCUAUCUAUGGCGACCAGGUGAGCAUGCUAAGGUAACUAAUCAUGUUUUCAAGAGUUCUUUUAUUGAUUACACAGAUAUGAUGCACUUGUUUUUGCCAAAAGAGUCAUGUGCAGAUUAUAUGGAAACUUUGAAGCAUGCAAAGAGAAAGAACAAACGUGAGGAAGACAAACGUUUCAAGCCACCUGAUCUAAGCCAGGAGAGACAUCAGGACGUCACUUGCUUCAUCCUCAUCAAAGAAGCACCUCCAGAUGCAGCAUACAAGCCAAAACCAAGAAAAGACAACUUUGGGAUAAGACUCUUACUCUAUGAUGAUUUUGCUUGUGUUAACUUGUCUUGUUUCAAUGUAUCAGGUUUAAGUAAUGCCUCAGGAGUGAGGAAAGCCAAAUGGAUAAGUGUUGAACUGAAGAGAAGAUGGAGCUUGUACAAUGAUAGGGCAAGCUCUAGAAGAUGUCCAGAAGAGUUCAAUCAAGCUUCAGAAGUGUUCUGAAGUAGUUAUCUUGUGAAGAUAAGUCCAGGAGGGACUUAGACUGAUCAGAAGAAGGGUUUGGAAGAGUUUGAGAGAAGAUGGUCCAAGGUGCAAAGAUAGGGCGUGUGUACGGCCUCGUACGGACAUGGGCAACUAAGAGAAGGUGUGUGGAUCAUCAGAAGAAGGAGGAAGAGUAUUGGGCAUAAAUAGGGCGAGUGGUACGGACAGGAGAUCCGUACCAUCGACCGUACGACCACACCUCUCGACCACACAUCCGGGAAACUCAAAAGAAGAGAAGUGCAAAGUUAGGGCGUGGCUUGCUUGAAGAAAUGUGACCGUUGGAAGCUAAGGGAGGAGAGGAAUAUUCCUUAGGAUCAGAUGAGUCAAGAGACAGGCUGGAAAGGGAAAGGAGCUUUACCUUUACAGCCUUAGUCACUCACGGAUCCAUCCUAGCCGUGUAAUUCAAAUGAAGCUAUCUCCUCCCUCCAUCCAGUCAAGGCGCGCCUAUCCUGUCCAGCUUGCACUAAGAAGACCAGGACCUGUCUACUCUCAUCCUGUCCAUUCAUUUUAUUCAUCACUUACAGCCUUAGGAUGUAGGGUUUAUGAGUGAAAUGUAAAGGCAUAUAAAAGCCUUGUAUAUGCGAUUGUAAACACAAAAAAAGUGAGUAAGGGGGUUUCCCCUCUCCUUCUCUAAUCUUCAGUCUCUUAUUCUCUCAGUCUCUCUAGUCUCUUAAGUCUCUUAAUCUCUGUCCUUAACGUCUCUCAUACACUCAUAAACACUCUCACCAAUCUCUCUCUCUCUAUAUCACCUAGAACAAGCUCUAAUCAUUCUUCAUUGAAGCUUAUACACACACACAUACUACCAGAGUAGAGAUCUCUUUAAAAAUCAUAUGGUAUCAGAGCCAGGUUCAUCAGAACCUGAGCUGUAGCUUCCGCACAACACAAGCUCUACCCUCAGCUCAAAUCCAAUCCUUGAAGACAUUCCCAUCCGAGUUCAGUUUCUCCAUGAGAAGAAGACUGAAGGGCGUGUCUCUUAUCCUUUCUCCUGUCUAUACUGAUGGAGAGACUCAUUGGAAGCAGAAGUGUAUGGAGAGGACUCACGAACCUCAUCCAAGGCGCCUCCUCCAAGAGCUUUCUUCACCCGGUUCAUCAUGAAAGCUGUCAAGAUGAUGGCGCCUAGAAGACUUGAAGAAAGGAGGAGUCUUUGAGCUGGAGAAACAAGAAGGUGGCCAUGAACUGAAGGAGUAGGAGGUGGGUGACUAUCCAGACUCUCAGAUUCAACAAAAGCCAUGGCCAGCCCCCUUUGAGGUUUAAGGAACCAACCUGGUUCCUUGUGUAAGCGAUUUUAAAACCCUCUUGAUAAUGAGCUUGUGUUGUUGACUGGUUGUGAUGUUGUGAUGUGAUUGAAAACCUGAGGACUGUUUAAAAGAUUACUAAAUGAAAUAAAAUGAAUUUAGAAUCUGUCCCAGGAUGCUUAAAGAGCUUGGUUCCCUAGUAAUCC